GCUCUACUGUUCCAACCAUAAAAGGUUGGUCCUCUGUGAAGUUGCCACACUGCAUUUGGCUUAGUCCUCUGAGGUCGGAGAGCCUAUAGCUUUUUAUGUGGAUAAAUCCAGUGAUGGAUGGAAAUACUAAAGGCAGAUCAAGGAAUAACACUGUUGAGGACUUCAGAUGGCAGCGAACUCUUAAAAGGAGAUUUUCACUAAUAAAUUUUUUGCUCUGAUGUUUGGAAUCAGCACUUGGAUAUAGCUCCUGCAUAUUUACUGCAUUUGGUGAACGCAUGCUUUUAGGAAAGCGCUGUUCUAAAUUUAUCUGACUUAUCUGAAUCAUCUUGACUGCACAUGUACUUGCCAGCCAUGCAUGUUGAUAUUUGGUAACUUUUGUGAAGUCACUUUUCUGUUUUCUAAGCGGGUGAGUGUUAGGUCCUUUGGAAAGAAAUCUUAGCUAAAGUGAGUAACUUCUUUAAAACAAGAAUUAUUAAAUACUUGGCUAAAGAGAGCUUCAGGCGAUAUCUGUAACUAUUUUGAGAAGACUUUGAUUCCUUUUGCUACAUCCUUCUGUCCUCUGUGUAAAGGCAGACAAGUGGAUUUUUUACAGGACUCUGAAAUUUUGCCAAGGGAAACUCAGUCAGAUUUAAACCUUCACGAUUGCUCCUACGGAAGAGAGCGUUAAGUUUUCAGAAGGAGUUCUCACUUGAAGAUAAAGAAGAACUUGCAAACAGCACAAAGGAUAUUGAUGCUAAUCUCUUAGCAGUACUUCCGAAAGUUUCAGAAUUAAGAAAACUGUUUGAACCAAACAACCGAGAUUUUUUGGAAAUGAAAAGAAAAGAGAGAAUAGCUAGACGCUUAGAGGGAAUUGAAAAUGAUACACAACCUAUGCUUCUACAAAACUGCCCAGGUUCAGUCACACACCGUUUACUAGAGGAAGAUACACCAAGAUAUAUGCGUGCGACUGAUCCAUACAGUCCCCACCUAGGAAGAUCAAAUGAAGAGGAGGAAACUUCAGAUUCUUCUGUAGAAAAACAACCCAGAUCAUCCAGAUACCGAUCAGAAAUCACAGGAGGUAACACAGAGCCCUUGUAUAGUACAGGAAACAUGGAUGUCCAGGAACUAGAGUCAAAAGCAGAGAGAAUAGCUAGGUACAAGGCAGAGAGGCGACGCCAGCUGGCAGAAAAGUAUGGAUUAUCUCUUGAUUCUGAUUUGGAUUCUGACUACUCAUCCAGAUAUACGCGAGCAAGGAAAGAUCCCGACAGUGGGGAAAGAAAGGGAGUGAAAAGUGAAAGGCAAGAUGAUGAAAACAAGGACUAUGCCACCCUUUAUUUGUCCAGGACUGAGACAAAGGGGUCAAAGAGUGUAAUUUCUGAUUCCAAAGAGUACUCCAGCCGUGAAGAAAAAGACGACCUCUCAAAUGAAAAGAGUGCUAGAAAAGCAGAUGAUGACAGUGCCAUUAGACAGGCUUCUGACCCUUCAGCAAACUUGGAUAGUUCUGCCUCCCUUUCACUUUCUGUACGAGAAUCUUCCUCCUAUAACGAAGUGCCAAUACCACCAAAGCAAACCCCCAGAGAGUCCCUUUCUUCACCAAAGCGGGCAGCCUCACCCAUCCACUUGCAGAAUGACCAGCCCUUGCACAGUAACAGCAGACAAAGUAGUGCAGGGAAAGCAAAACCUGAAUGGUUUCUUCAGAAAGAUUCGGAAGGGGACACACCUUCACUUAUCAGCUGGCCCUCCAGAGUAAAAGUUAGAGAGAAAUUGGUGAAAGAGGAAAGUGCUCGUGGAAGCCCUGAACUUGUCACAGACACAGUAUCUCAGAGAAAAUCCCAUCCAGUUCCAGCCCACUACAUGCCUCUUCAGACAGAAACGUCUGCCUUUGAUAGGGUCAUAAAUCAACCCGUCAGUUCCGUCCGCCAACCAAUACAUGGCUAUAUUCAGCCUGCUGGCAUUGCUCACACAGCUCAGCUGAUGGCAGCAGAAGAACCAGAAAACAUCCCUGCUGGCAGCCUCCUCCCACCAGACAGUGUUAGCCUCAUAACAAAAUCGUCAGCAGCCACUGCAUCAGAGGGUGAAAAGAAAGAAGCACCCUGUUAUGGAACAAAACCUGAUGAAGAAGAUUCCUUGGAGGGUGAUCAGGCUUCCAAAGGCAGAAGACCAAUUUUGCCAUCUGAGAUUCGCAAGCAAGGGAAGAACCAUGAGGGCCUCUUCGGAGGAGGAGAAUUAGAUACCCCUGUGGGGAGUUCCUCAUUCGCAAGCAAGCCGAAAGUUAACUCAGAAGUUCAGAGAGAGUUGGAGUGCAAUAAGAGGCAGGCCCCCGAGCAGCAGUUUAAGCCCCCUGAGAACAUAGAAAGGAGCGAAGCUGUUAUGUACAUACAGAGUGGAUCUGUAUUGCAGCCUGCCAAGGCAAAGGCUCCUGUUUGGAAAGUGUCAACAACAAAGCACAAGGUCCUGACUCGCUCAAUGUCUGACUAUACUGUGACUCCUAAGCUAGAAGCUUUUAAAAAUAAGGACAGCAUGGAAGCAAAUCCACCAAAUGGUGAGAUUGGCAUGGUUGACACGAAAGUCUCUGUUGCCCAGCUCCGUAAUGUCUUUCUGGAGAGUGCUAAUGCCAACAAGAAAACGGAACUUGAAUCUCGGUCUGAGAUGUCAACGGCAGGUAGUACUGUGUCUGCCAAUGGUGACCGUGGGCCACGAAAGGCGAGGCGCUAUUUUACUCCUGGUGAAAAUAGAAAGACUUCUGAGAGGUUUAAAACUCAACCUAUAACAUCAGCAGAACGAAAGGAGACAGAUAGGUCAAUUUUCAGUGCAGAAAUACCAACUGCUGAAGAUGAAGAAAAAUUGGAUGACCGAGCCAAACUAAGCGUGGCUGCAAAGAGACUGCUUUUUAGAGAAAUGGAAAAAUCAUUUGAAAUGAAAAAUAUUCCUAAACCACCUACAAGAAGUUCAGCGGUAGAGAGAAGGCUGCGGCGUUUGCAGGACAGAUCUCACACACAACCAAUCACCAGUGAGGAGGUGGUCAUUGCAGCUACUGAAACUACCCCUGCUUCACGUUCUGUGAAUACCCACACAGUAGUGACAAGAGUACCUAGUCCCACUGUAGUUAAGAGCACUGUACAACCUACCAGCUUGCAGGCAUCAGCACAACAAAAAAUUUUAGCUAAAGAGGAGAUAAGAGCAGCCAAAGAGGCAAUGGGGCAAGAUCAGUCUGAUGAACCAGAUUCUUCCACCUUAAGUUUGGCAGAAAAGAUGGCUUUGUUUAAUAAACUGUCUCAACCAGUAUCCAGGGCCAUCUCCACAAGGAAUCGAGGAGAUCUGAGGCACAGGAGAAUGAAUGCUCGUUACCAGACUCAGCCAGUCACUCUUGGAGAAGUUGAGCAGAUGCAAUGGAAAAAAAAUAAACUGGUACAAAAUGAAAGUGGAAAAAUCACUCCCCUGUCAACUGCAGUUGCAACAUCAGUUUCAACGAUGGCAUCUGCCCUCGCUCCAUUGUUUGCUGGAGACCUGCACAUGAAGCCAGCUAGUGAUGGGAGCGUGAGUGCUGCUGCUAGAGCUGAUUUGAGGUUCCACUCUUCAGCAGAAAACUUGGACUCAUCAGGAAAACGCACACAGAAGUCAGAACAGUGGCAGCCCUCAGUGGAAGCACUAGAAAGCAGAAGAGCAUCAAAGAAACAUGAAGAAGAGAGGAAGAGGUUUCUAGCACAUGAAGCUAAUGAAAUUACAAAAUACAGUUCCUUUGAGGAAGAAACCACACAUCCUGUUCCUGAAAAAACAGGAGACCGCCAUAAAGAGACAACAUACAGCUUCCUGAGGAAGGGCAGCUUGGAACUGUUUAGUUCACAAGGACUUUUUCAGCCUCUUGAACAGAAGGAAAUUAAUACUGGCAUGCAAGGUAAAUGGGAAGUCAAAGAAGGCCAGUCCUUUGAAGAAAAGAUGGAUUUUGAAAGUGUUAUGAAAAGCAAGACUUGGCAAAGAGACCCCGCUGAGCCUGCUUCUGAACUCACCAGCACAUCAGCAAUGAGGACGGUUUCACAAACUGCAGCUGCGGCAUCCUGUAGACUGCAGGAACUCUCUGAGCAAUUGGAAGGCAAAUUUUAUAAGAAUUCCUGUGAGAUGUUUUCCAUUGGAGAGAGCAAAGCACAAACAACUGAGGAUGUCCUUGAUAAUUCCGGCAAAACUAUGUCAAUUAAGGAAAGGUUGGCAUUGCUGAAGAAGAGUGGUGAAGAAGAUUGGAAGAGCAGGCUCAGCAAAAAGCAGGAGUAUGCAAAAGUCCCUGCUGCUGAUCGUAGUAUGCAGAUGCAAGAAGUUGAGCAGCUGUUGAAGAAGGAACCUGUAUAUGCUUCUACUUACUCUCCUGUUAUACCCGCUCUCCAUAAAUUUCAUCCUUUUCUACCUAUUAAUCAGGUCUGUAGUACUAGUUUGAAAGAAUCAAGCUCUCUGAUUUCUGAUGAACGUCAUCCUUGGAGAUGGAAGCAAAGAAUGGCAGAUAACCAGGAGAGUCAAAUGACCAUUGAGGAAAGGAAACACCUGAUUACAGCUCGAGAAGAAGCCUGGAAGUCCAAGGGUAAAGGAGCAGCCAAUGACUCCACACAGUUCACUGUAGCUGGCCGAAUGGUAAAAAAAGGCCUGGCUUCUCCAAGUGCUCUAACAUCAGUAGCAUCCCCAUACAGUAACCGGCAGAAGUCUACAAAGCCCUUGGAAGAAAUUGAAGCCAGGCCUGAUAUGCAAUUGGAAUCAGAUAUGAAGCUUGACAAGUUGGAAUCGUUCUUGGGAAGGCUGAAUAACAAAGUUGCUGGGAUGCAAGAGACAGUGCUGACAGUUACAGGAAGAUCCGUGAAAGAGGUGAUGAAGCUGGAUGAUGAUGAAACAUUUUCCAAAUUCUAUCGCCAUGUGGAUUUCCCUUCUUCCUCAGUGCCUUUGGACCUUGAUGAGGACUUUGAUGCCAUCUUUGAUCCUUAUGCACCAAAGUUGAUAUCUUCUGUAGCAGAGCACAAACGUGCAGUUAGGCCUACACGCAGAGUCCAGUCCUCAAGAAACCCACUGAAAAUGCUGGCAGCAAGACAAGAUAUUCUUCAUGAAUACACUGAACAAAGACUGAAUGUUGCCUUCAUGGAGUCAAAGAGAAUGAAAGUAGAAAAAAUGUCUACAAACUCAAAUUUCUCAGAAGUAGCACUUGCUGGCCUGGCAAGCAAAGAGAACUUCAGCAACAUUAGCCUGCGGAGUGUUAAUCUAACAGAGCAAAACUCUAACAACAGUGCUGUGCCAUACAAGAAGCUAAUGCUCCUGCAAAUUAAAGGAAGAAGACAUGUUCAAACAAGAUUAGUUGAACCUAGAGCCUCAUCACUGAACAGUGGAGACUGUUUCCUGUUGUUAACUCCACAUUUAUGUUUCUUAUGGGUAGGAGAGUUUGCAAAUGUCAUAGAAAAAGCAAAGGCUUCAGAACUUGCAACUUUAAUUCAGACAAAGAGGGAACUUGGCUGUAGAGCUUCUUAUAUACAAACUAUAGAAGAAGGAAUAAAUACCCAUACCCAUGCAGCCAAAGACUUCUGGAAACUCCUUGGUGGACAGACAAAUUACCAGUCUGCUGGAAGUCCUGAAGAAGAUGAAAUGUAUGAAGCUGCAAUAAUAGAAACAAAUUGCAUUUACCGCCUUGUAGAAGAUAAGCUCAUUCCUGAGGAUGACUACUGGGGAAAGGUGCCAAAAUGCACCCUGCUACAACCAAAAGAGGUGCUGGUGUUUGAUUUUGGCAGUGAAGUAUAUGUAUGGCAUGGAAAGGAAGUUACUUUAGCACAGAGAAAAGUGGCAUUCCAGCUGGCAAAACACUUGUGGAAUGGCACCUUUGACUACUCCAAUUGUGACAUAAAUCCUCUGGAUCCAGGAGAAUGCAAUCCCCUUAUACCCAGAAAGGGACAAGGACGCCCAGACUGGGCUGUGUUUGGCAGACUCACAGAACAUAACGAGACCAUACUGUUCAAAGAAAAAUUUCUUGACUGGACAGAACUGAAGAAACUCAAUGAGAAGAAUUCUAGUGAAUCCCUUCACCAGAAGGAAGAAUCCAGAUCUGACUCUAAACCAUAUGAUGUCAUGUUAAUGGUACCUGUGCCUCAAACAACUGUAGGCACUGUCUUGGAUGGAAUGAAUAUUGGCCGGGGCUAUGGACUUGUAGAAGGAGAAGAUGGGAGGCAGUUUGAAAUUAUCACUGCAUCUGUGGAUGUCUGGCACAUUCUGGAAUUUGACUACAGUAGACUACCUAAGCAAAGCAUAGGGCAAUUCCAUGAGGGAGACACAUAUGUGGUGAAGUGGAAGUACAUGGUGAGCACUACAGUUGGAAGCAGACAAAAAGGAGAGCAACAAGUAAGGGCUGUUGGAAAAGAGAAAUGUGUAUAUUUCUUUUGGCAAGGAAGGCACUCCACAGUGAGUGAAAAAGGAACAUCGGCACUGAUGACAGUGGAACUCGAUGAAGAGAGAGGAGCACAGGUACAAGUGCUUCAAGGGAAAGAACCCCCAUGCUUCCUGCAGUGCUUCCAAGGAGGGAUGAUUGUGCAUGCUGGAAGAAGGGAAGAGGAAGAAGAAAAUGCACAAAGUGACUGGAGGCUAUAUUGCGUGCGAGGAGAAGUUCCCAAUGAAGGAAACUUACUUGAAGUAGCAUGUCACUGCAGCAGCCUGCGCUCCCGGACAUCCAUGAUUGUCCUCAAUAUAAAUAAAGCUCUUAUCUACCUGUGGCAUGGCUGCAAAGCUCAAUCUCACACCAAGGAUGUAGGAAGAACAGCAGCCAAUAAAAUAAAAGAACAAUGCCCACUGGAGGCAGGGCUGCACAGCAGCAGCAAGGUGACAAUUCAUGAAUGUGAUGAAGGGUCAGAGCCCUUGGGAUUCUGGGACGCGUUAGGAAGGAGAGAUCGAAAGGCCUAUGAUUGCAUGUUGCAAGAUCCUGGAAAGUUUAAUUUCACCCCCCGACUGUUCAGCCUCAGUAGUUCAUCAGGAGAAUUCUCAGCCACUGAGUAUGUUUACCCUUCAAGAGACCCUGCUGUCAUCAAUUCCAUGCCAUUCUUGCAAGAGGAUCUUUACACUGCCCCACAACCAGCACUGUUCCUUGUUGACAAUCACCAUGAAGUGUACCUGUGGCAAGGCUGGUGGCCUGUGGAAAACAAAAUCACUGGAUCAGCUCGAAUCAGGUGGGCUACAGACAGGAAAUGCGCCAUGGAGACAGUGCUCCAGUACUGCAAAGGAAAAAAUGUAAAGAAGCCCCCAAAAUCCUAUCUAAUUCAUGCUGGCCUAGAGCCUCUGACGUUCACUAAUAUGUUCCCAAGUUGGGAACACAGGGAAGACAUCGCGGAGAUCACAGAAAUGGAUGCGGACGUUUCUAAUCAGAUAAUACUUGUAGAGGAUGUGCUAGCCAAGCUGUGUAAAACCGUGUAUCCAUUAGCAGAUCUUUUAGCUAGGCCUCUGCCUGAGGGAGUUGAUCCACUGAAGCUUGAAAUUUAUCUUUCAGAUGAGGACUUUGAGGUUGCAUUAGAGAUGACAAGAGAGGAGUACAAUGCACUGCCAUCUUGGAAGCAGGUUAACCUGAAGAAGGCAAAAGGACUUUUCUAAGCUGUGUUUAUGGGAGUGAGCACUAAAGGGAUGUCCGUUCUCACUUUCUAUGUCCUUUAGAAGAAUUGUACCCUAUAUUUACAGAACAAAUAGAAAUAAUCUGAAGUUAUUAGUGACUACCUAUCUGGAGGUGUGUAAUAUUAUAAAAGGCCAAGAGAACUCUUUGAAAAUGGAAUUCAGUUUUGACUUUUAAAGGCAACAUGUUUAAGCUCGGCUCUCCUAUGCACUUAAACAGUAGUUUCUUGAACUACUGCUUCAGGUGUCCUUUGGCUAUAUACAAUACUUGCCAUUUUUGUUUUUAAAGAAGUUCUCUUUGUAAAGUGUUAUUUUGUUAGUUUGUGGAUUACAAAGAAUUUAUAUUUAUAUAAACACAUAGAACAAGUAUGUAUUUAACAAUGCAAUAUAUAUUCACUUUCGAGACUUUCAUGUCAAAACUACAGAAAAGUAGCUGGAUGGCAGUUGCUUGUACUGAAUUAGCUAUACCACCAAUAUGUAUCUCCUACGCAUUCUGAAAAGUUUCUCUUUGCAAUAGUUUAAGAAUUGUUCUCAGUGCUGCUUCAGGUGCUAAACCGAACAAAGCGUUUGUAUUUAUAGCAUGGAUUUCUUGAGAAACUAUGCGAAUCAACCUUUAUACUUUAUUAUCCAAAAAUGUAUAGUGCCUUGUUUUUUGUGUACAGUUUAUAUACAAAAAAAAAAGAUUGGUCUGCAUUUUGAAGAUGGCUUAGAACAGUCUCCCAUGUUACUUUUAUAAUAGUAGAAAUAAAAACAUCUCAGUUUCUAAUACUUGUUGUAAACAUUAAAAAUGUCUUUUGUGAUAUAAGAACUGAAAGUAAAAGCUUCUGAAUAAACUCCUAGCGAUGCUCUGGCUUGUCAUUAUCUUGUACUGCUAAGUAAUUGGAACCUUCCAUAACAUGGUAUUUUCUCAAAAUAUUUUAACUUUAGAUGUCUGCAGGUAUUGUACAGAGUUAUAAUUUGAGAAGCAGAUAAUGUAGAAAAUAAUCAAGGUAUGAGAUAAAAUUAUGUUGGGCAACACUUUAAUGCUGAAUGUUGGAACAGUCACACAACUCCUGUAUCUUUUGGGUUUCCCUGUUUUAUAUAUGAAACCAAAAUUGUUAUGCUGAUUUUCAAACUUUGAAAAAAUCUUUUCAACCUUUGUGCAAUUGGGAGUAAAACUUGAGCUGCAAAUGAA